AGUUCUGAAUUUCUUCCUUGUCUACUGUUGCGCUGCAUUUGAUAUCGACUUGACGUCGCUUGACGCUGCCAGAGGCAGGACGGGAGGCUCUGCCGUGUAGGGAGGAUUGGUAUACCCGCAAUCCACGACUGAUUGACGACUGAGGAUGUCCGAAGGAAUUCAGAUUACGAUUCCAGACUUUGAGGAUGACGACUACAACUCCUCUACAAUUCCGUUCGGUCGGUCUGCUGGGAACCAAUUUGGAUUUGGAGGAGGAUUUGGGGCGAGCACGAAUGGUUCUGGCCAGGAUUCACCUACGCUAAUGACACCAACCGUGGACAACAGAAGCUACUUCAAUGCCCAUGCUAGAGGGGACUCUGUUACGUCUGUUGACUCCACGAAUUCUGCUACUGCACGGUAUCCCAACAGGUCCCAGACCUCAUUUGUUCAUUCGUCACAUUCUUCCAUUGCGGCUUCCAGCUCAUCUAGUUUUCCUAAAAAGUCUUCCUUUGCUUCCUUGAGGAAUGCUUUCAAGAGCGGUAAGAACACGGAGCUACCCCCCGUACCGUCUCUUGACUAUCAGUCUAAUUCUGUGUUGAAGAAUGCUUUCAACCGCUCCGCCUCCUCCCUGAACAAUGUUUCGCCGAUGCCAACUUCUGCAAAGGGUCUACCACCAGCUAUGAGCCCCCAGUUUGGUAGACCAGCUACCCCCGCUUCUUCCGAACCCAGAUACAUGCGCGGAUUACCUUCUGCUAGGUCCAAAAGCCAUUCCUAUGCCAAGUCGUAUCACUCUCAGUCCGGUUCCAUAUUCCAUAUAUCUGAUACUGGCAGCGAUGGACAUGGGCAGUUUUCAUCCUCUCCUCCACCCGUGCCGCGAUUUCCAAAUGGUAUGGUUCGCUCAGAGACGCCAGAUUUUGAAGAAGACAAGGUUGUCAUGGAUCCUAAAACGCCUUCUGAUUUUGCACUACAUGCAGUCUUCAUCCGGUUUGCUAGUCUGGCUGAAGGGAAAAUUGAUACGUUUCUACGCCAGAUCUUGGAACGAGAACCUUUGCUGACCCAUUUCAUGGGACCUGGUGUUGAUUCGGUAUUCGAUGGAAUUCUAAAUUCCUUGGGCAAGAUUGCACAGAAGCAUGCCAAACCUGUCGUAGACUCCGUCAUGCGAUGGCGAAAAAGUCAAGUGGAAAACGUGGGAUCGGACAUCAUCAGGUUUCACAUGGCGCAGUCUCCUCCAGGCGCUGUGCGCACUGUGCGCACAACGGACGUUCCUGCGCUCCUCAAUGAGCGCAAGUCACUCGCAGCGAUUUAUAUCAUGUGCCGCGCUCUAGUCGCAGUGUUACAGUCAUUACCAAAAGAUGGGCUAGGAGAGGCUCUGGGCUAUAGUCUGGAGAAGACCACUUUCGAACAGUUCAAGAAGCCAGACCUCAAACUUCUCUUGCAGUCUGCGAAUCAUCGUACUAAUGCGGAAUUAUAUGCGACUAUGCUGGGAUAUUUGGCCAAUGUCAGGUUCGUGAGCAUUACGGAUCGGUUCCUUUCAGAACUUGGGCCGGUUGCUCAGGGUCAAAUUACCAAAGAUGACAUGAAAUUUGAGAAUCUCGUUAGAGGUAUCAAACACGUGCAAUUGAAGGUCUGGCCUCCAGAGGCUUUUGAGGAAGGUGCCGAGUUUUUAGAGUCCUUCGCAAAGUCGUUUACCCACGCCCACGGUUUCAAAUUAAAAUCUGCCUUUGCUGAGACCCUGGUACAAAUCUUGCAUCCAAUAGGAAAGACCGCUCAGGCCGAAACUAACAAUCCCGUGUGGGCCAAGGCGAUCGAGAUUAUCUAUCCAAAAGCAAGAGAGAUGAUGUCAAAACCGCGGUAUUGGAACGUGGCGUUUCCCCUGGUUAUCACCAGUUUAUGUGUUGCUCCAGAGAACUACUUCCGGAAGCAUUGGGUGUCGUGCUUUGAAUCAAGCUUAUCCAAGCUCAAGGAGAAGUCUCUUAGAGUCCCAGUCAUGAAUGGUGUCAUCCGCUUGAUGUGGACGUACCUCUAUCGAUGCCAAGAAUCUGCCUCGACGACUACCUCAAAGUUGGACCAUUUGCUGAAGCACUUUUUCCCGCCUAAUCGGCUUACCAUUUUUCCUUCUCAGGAUGACAUGGACCCACUGAUAUACAUCACCCACUUCGUCCUGUCGCGACAUUUCGAUUACGGGAGAGAUCUCUGCUUUGACCUUCUCCAGGAAUCUGCCAUCUGUGCCGCUAAUCUUUCCGGGGGGAAUGUUGCAAAUGUCAUAGCCUUCGAACGAAUGUCCGUUGCUAUUCAGGCGAUCUUGUUGUCCUUCAGGCUGGUCGAAAACGAAGCUUCUGCUCCCUCCUGGCCAUCCAGCAGUGACUUCUUCUCCCCGGUCUCCGCCGAAGAUUAUGAUUCAUCAUCUGAAUGGCUUCCUUCCUCUGUUUUGUCCAGACCGUCGCUGCAAGACGUGUUUGAUCGCCUCGGUUCGAUCCUUGUCAUUGUAGCGAAGUUCUGCUCUAAUGCAGUUGGAUCAUUUUCCGUUCUCGAUGAUCAGUGGGUGUACACAGUGAAUGCGUCGUACGAGGAACCUCACAACCUUGUUGUGAAGCGCCAUCCGGAAGGUGUCCGUAUUGCCUAUCCCAACCACCUUCAGCCCCAGAUCAGCACCUUGGCUGCGUGUUUUCAAACGUGGCCACGAUUCCGACAUUCUUCGAUCUCUAUCCCUGACGCGGUUGACAUGCUCUUGCGCGGUGUCGUUCACAUCGAGCCUAUUUUGACUGAAAUUGCGAGUGAAGCCGUGCGACGCUUCAUGGCAGAUCCUGUCCAAGCUCUCGUAGUUCUUGCAAGAUACAACACGUUUCUUUUCAACCCUCCUCGCUCAUUGCAAGAUGGUAUUGGGAAUAAAUUGCUGGUCGAGUCAGUUCAGCUGCUUUUUCUGUGGGAGGAAGUUGUUGAGAAAUGGAUUAUCGAUCUUAUGCAAUCGCCACGGGAGUCCUACGUCAAGGAAGAGAAAGCUAUUUGGGCAAGGUGUCACGAACUCGAGGCGGGCGUUAUGUUCUUAUUGACGCAUGAGGCCGUCGGUAUCCACGAUACUGGUGCGAAGAUCGCACGGCUUUUGUCCCAGCUAUCCGAAAAGCUGUGGCCUGAAUCGUCAAACCAUCCUGACGGUUUGAUGUAUUACAUAUCGUUGCUUUGUAAAAGCACGGACAACUCAUAUUUCACCGGCUACGACGAAUUCCUUGACGAGGUUGACAUUGAUCGUCUACGGCAAUGGGGGGAAUCCAAGAGAACUGAUAAGCUCUUGAGGGUGGCCGAAGGCAAGGCCGACAAAGACCGAAAGCUGUGGCGAUUCAUAUACUCGACGUUCAUGCACACCUGCGCCGAUAACGCAGGACCAACUCUUGCGACGUUCCGGGACACCGUUGUAUUUGCCGCUUCCCGAUAUCAUUCCACCGUGUCACAUCUAGCUGGGCUGACGGGGAUAAACACGCGGGUUUCGCCUGGUCAGUCUAGGCCACCGGAUGGCUUUCGCAAAGUCAAGGACAACAAAGCUGUCAUUGACCAAUGGUAUCUCUGGGUCAAGAUUCUUAGCUCGACAGCCACACUUUCCGAAUCGUCCCGGCCAGCUCUUACACAGCUAGGUCGAGAGCACUCCCGAGCGCCGUCAGAUGUUAGCUUUGAGCGCGAGCGUCUGACGACGACAAGGGGUUUAUUUCGGUAUCUGACACCGUUUUUAGACUCGGAGUAUAUCGCAUUCCGUGAUGCAGCCGUUCUUUGCAUUAGUUCUUUCCCAUCCAGCGCUUAUUCUCAGCUUCUGGACGAUUUGAGUCCUCUCGUAGGACGUCAAGUGUAUGAUGACCCUCGAGGCAAGGCAGGCAUAGCAGUAGCGGUGGAACAGAACAUGGGCAUUCUCGCUGCGCGCUCCCCUAAUGAUACCAAGAUGGGAGUUGUUUUUGGUGACAGAAGUCGUCGCCAGGAACGCCUGCAUGCAGCUGUUGCUAGAAUUUAUUAUCUGACUGCCCAUUAUCUGCCACAACAGCGGUCGACGGGAAGACAGGCCGCGCUAGCGAAUGUGCUCAAAUUUGUUCGUAACACUCAGUCUUUCCUGAGCACCCCAGAAAAUCGAGACAGCCACAGUUUCCAUCGACUACGUACUUAUUUCUGCGGUAUCGUCGAGAAGCUUUUUGAUGGCCUUUCGACGCUGGAAGGCUCCGAUAGGUUCAUUCCAAGGAACACUCAUCUUGCCCUAUAUAGGAUGUGUGAGGAAUGGUGUACCCUUGGCCCUCAACCUGAAGCAGUGAAGCAGCGCUUGGUCUCUAUGCAAAGGGCUGCGGCGUUGGACUCUCAAUCUGAGUGCGGCAGUACGAUCGAGUCGUUUAAGAAGGAGUCGGAGCUCUUAUCUUAUGCAGCCGUCGGCGCAUUAGCUUCGUUAUGUCCUAAGGCUUUCUCUCCGCCUGGUGUUUCGUCUGGGUCACCGCUGGAGCGUUCAUCAUCGGAGAAUCUCAAGCCUCUGACCGCAACUGCUGUCCUCGAUCGGCUGAGCUCUAUUCUUGCAUCGGAUCACAUCCCAUCGCAAGAUCGCGGAAAGCGAGCAUUGAAAGCGCUGCUUCUUGCAAACCCUAAAGAGUCCGCUCUGCUUGCUGAGUCAGUGAGACGAGCUCUGAUUGGCACCGAUGAUAGCGAAACAUGCAGUAGCCGCUUCUUCGAGGUCGUCGUGGACUUGAUACAUGAUACGGAUGCCCAUGGCUUUACCUUUUCCCAGGUCGUGUGUCUAGGCCUGUCGAACCUCUGCCAUCAGCGUAUCGAGUUACGUCGACAAGCUUUCAGUAUGCUCGAAGCAAUUCAUCGUCAAACAUCUGACCUGCUCAGCAUGUCACAAUUGGAGGCAACGGUUGAAAGCUCGGCAUCUGCCAUGUACACUCACGCGCACGCUUUGGUAUCAGAAUUUCUAGCUGGAGCGCACCCCGAAGAGGCAUUAAACAUACUUUCGGAACUGGGAGCGUGGCUACCAAGUAUGCCAGAGUCAUCAUCCACCAUCAUUCUCCUCCUCCUCCAAAGUCUGGAAUUCUGGAUUUCCAAUAUUCCUCUCAUGACGGAUGACAAAAUUGGCUUACGCGAACAUGGCCAUUCAGCGCUCUACCAUUUACUUUGCUUGACCUUACGAUAUGCAAAUUCGCACACAGAGCAAAUCAUGGCUCUCUGGUCGAAGUUGGUAGAACAUCCCCAUGAAGCAAACGGCCAUGCCACUGUUCGGUUUCUUGUGGAGCAGUCGCACAAAGUUGGAAGUAUCGUCUUCGUCAGUUGCGCAGCAAACAUUGUCGCGUGCAUCUGCCAGACAGCCAUCGGGAGGGCUAUCUAUGAAGAUUUGUGUACGGUAAUUGAACCGGUGCGGGUCAUACCCACGAUAGAUCACAAAUUAGCCUUUCCUACCGCCGAUGACAUGGAACUGUGGUCAGAUCUGGAUGCGUUGUUUGCAGAUAAGCAACCGCGGCUGUCUUUGGGCGGUGCCCAGUUCGCGUGGCUUUUCCUUGCUGAUGUCGCCCCGCAGCGGUGUUGGGAGCUUAGGGAUCAGUUACCUGUCCUCCUCCAUUCCAUUUUGAUCCACAUUGACCAUCGUACUCCCUUUGUGCGGCACAGAGCGCAGUAUAUGUUGUUCCAGAUCCUGCGGUCAUGGGCUCCCGGUUACGACGAGCUUCAGGAUCGUUCCUUGCAUGGGAAUCGCGCCGCUAUCAAAAAAGCCAUCAGGAACAUGGAGUUGGAGGCACCAACGAGAUACUGGAGAGAGGAAGAGACGAGCCAAGAAUGUGAACCCAAGAUGAAGUGGUUAUGUGACCGAGUCCUGGACGUUUUACAGCCUCUUUGUCCCGACAUUAGAGAAACUUGGGGUACACUGGCUCUGGAUUGGAGUACUCAAUGUGCUUUUCGCCAUUUCGCAUUCCGAUCCUUGCAGACCUUCAGAGCACUCAUGCCACGCACCUCCAUAGGAGACCUCGCCAAUCUUCUGGGCCGGCUUUCUAUGACCAUAGCAUCUCCUGACGAUGGCAUGCGAUCAUUCGCGUCAGAGAUACUUCUCACAUUCAAUGCGCUUGCCGCUCACGAGAAUUUCAACGUAUCGUUGUUCCCGCAAAUGUUCUGGUGUGCAUGCGCUGCUCUCUCUACGACUCUUGAGAAAGAGUUUUCCAACGCUCUUUCCUUUGUUAGCACUCUCUUGAGCAGGGUCAAUCUUGAUGACCCAACCACAUUGGAACUCUUCCUCAAUCACCGACCGAAAGAUUGGAUUGGAUCAUCCGGUCUACAACCUGUAUUGCUUGCUGGCUUACGUUCGUCGGCGACCAGUACGAAGACCGUGAAAAUCCUCCAGACCAUGGCCAUGUUCAAAGACAGUACUCUAAUUGAUCCUACAGAGGGGCGUGUCCGUGAUUUGUACACAGUUUCAUUGCCCUGGUUUCUUCAUGCCAUGAGUUCUGAUAAGGGCGUAAUUGACGAGGAUUUAUCGCGCUUUGCCGAGAACAUUGGAGAAUUGGCGAAACAAGAGGGUCGACAAAGCAUUGGAAAGAUUAUGUCGUCUUUUGCGAAAGGUCAUUUCAGAACACGAGAUGACUUUCUACGUCAAUCGGUGUCUAGCUUGCGAGAGCACUACGGGGCUACUUACUGGACACAGAUAGUGACCCUGCUUUUAGGAUUGGUGUUGAAUCAGGAACGAUGGUUGCGUAUUCAUGCAAUGCAAAUCGUGAAAGUACUUUUUCAGCAAACCCGGAGUCCCGUUGAACGUCUCGGAUCAGAGAUGCUUAUGCCCUUGCUGCGACUGUUGGAGACCGAUCUCGCGCCACAAGCACUCGAUGUCCUGGAGGAGCCUAUGACUAUGUCUGGAGGUCUGGCCGCAAAGCAUGUAUUGAGGAUGAGCAUGCAUGCUCAUAAUCUUAUGAAGGAGGACCAAUCAGCAGCGAUUGUUUUCGGAGUUCCGGAAGACUCCGGAUGGUGUGUAGCCCAAGCUGACACCGUGCGUGAAACUUGUCGUGCCAAUAUGAUGGGCGUUUUCGAUACAUGUUCAAUGCCCUCACGACCAUCUCGUAUCGACUUCCAGCCAGAGGAGGUAGAAGGUCUCGUCACACGCAAACCUACGGAGGAAGAUCUAGGCGGCCUUGUACAGAAUCUGCACGAUCUCACGACGUUCUUCCAAGACGAAUCCUCACGCCCAACUCCCAUGUCGGUACCCAAUCGCAGAUUAGAAGCCCGUGUGGCUGCUAUUCUCGCAAAGUCAACCGCUCCCGAAGCAAUUUCUGAUGUACCUCCAACUCCUUUUGUUGAUGUCUUCCGAGUCAGCGCAGUGGAAGGCUCAGAUGACGGAUCAGAUGAGUUUUCUGACAGUGACGAUGAAGCGGAUGCUUUUAUUUUCGAUUCACCUAGUGUUUACCAUAGCGUUCCAAAUGGCUCUCGAUAUCAUUAGUAGCAUCAUUUCACUGUAUAUUGCAUACCUUUCUUACUUCACGCACAUAGCAUGUAUUACAGGACAUUACUGGCAUUAUUACAUUACGCACUUUGGUUGGUUAUUGACAAUAAUAGAAUGUACUUUGUAUUUUGCGUAUAAAAUAUAGAACUAUCUAACAACGCUC